AGCCACAGAAGCCAAUAAAGUGUGGAAUGCGAGUUGAGACUACUGUUGCGCACUCUCUGACGAUGACGGCUACCUAAACCCACCUGCAGUAGAUUUCAAGGCGCGCGCACGGCUCCCUCCCAGCCUCGUCACAGAGGCUCCCGUCGCUCGGUAUUUAAAUCGCGCCCCUGCGCGCAGAGAGCCACAAGCAUGCCUCGUCUCUAGAGAGGCAGGGCGCGACUUGGAGACACUUUGGUUCAGAGAGAGAGCGAGAACUGUGCAGCCGCUGCUGAAGCAGAGCGCAGGAGUUUUAUCCCAACUUCACUGCUGCAGGUCGUUGAGACACAGCGACCUUGUUCUCAGGGAAACAUUCCUGGGGGAAACGGUACAAGCGAACACAUACACAAGUCACACGCACACACAAGCACAAUGCAGGAGUCGGAGCCCACAGUCUGCCAGCUGCAGCCCAACAUCAUCUCAGUGCGCCUUUUCAAGAGGAAGGUUGGUGGCUUGGGCUUCCUGGUGAAGCAGAGGGUGUCCAAGCCGCCUGUCAUUGUGUCAGACUUGAUUCGCGGCGGAGCAGCAGAAGAGUGUGGCCUGGUGCAGGUGGGCGACAUAGUGCUAGCUGUCAAUAACAAACCCCUGGUAGAUCUUUCAUAUGAGCGAGCGUUGGAGACUUUGAAAAAUGUGUCGCCCGAGAGCCAUGCCGUGCUCAUCCUCCGAGGGCCCGAAGGGUUUACCACCCACCUGGAGACCACCCUGACCAGAGACGGCCGCCAGCGCACGGUGAGGAUCACCCGACCUGCCUUCCCACCCUCAAAGUCCUUCGAUCAGUGGUCCCCUCUCAGUGCAUACAGCCCCGGGCAGCAGCUCAACAAGGAGCCCCAGCUGAGGGCCAUUGAAAACCUGUCCUCUCCUUCCAUCACUCAAACGCUCUUGCAGAGGGGAGGGAUGCAGGGCCAGGACGGGGGCCGCGGAGCACUGCUGUGCAACGGGCUGGAAGAAAACAACGACCUGCUUAAGGAGAUCGAACCGGUGUUGCAUCUCAUCAAAAACAGCAAAAAGGAGAUUAACGGUGAAGGCCAGCGGAAUGCCGGGCGAAGAGAUGCAGAGAUUCAAGUGGCAUGGGACCUCGGUGUGGGAAAUGAGACAUCCAUCCAGCUGGGUUCGGAUAAUGACAGAAUGUUGGAACACGUGCCAGACCACAAUGCUGAUAUUGACAAGUCUACAGCCCAGGGCAGGAUCUCACCCAUUAAAUCGGUGCAGAAUGGCAGCCCCUCCAAAUGCCCUCGCUUCAUAAAGAUCAAGAACUGGGAGACGGGCACUCUCUACAAUGAUGUCCUCCACCACAGCUGCAGUAAGAUGCCAAUCUGCAGUGAAAACGUCUGCAAUGGUUCUGUGAUGGUGCCAAGUCAGGGUGUUCGCAAACCAGAUGAGGUCAGAACCAAAGAGGAACUUCUUCCCCUGGCCGCUGACUUCAUUGACCAAUACUACACCUCCAUCAAAAGGUAUGGCUCCAAGACUCAUGUGGACAGAUGGGAGGAGGUGACAAAAGAGAUUGAAGCUUCAGGGACUUAUCAACUAAAAGACACCGAACUGAUUUAUGGAGCCAAGCACGCCUGGAGGAAUGCUGCCCGAUGUGUGGGACGGAUUCAGUGGUCCAAACUACAGGUUUUUGAUGCCAGAGACUGCACAACAGCCCAUGGAAUGUAUAACUACAUCUGUAACCAUAUCAAGUAUGCCACCAACAAAGGCAACCUUCGGUCAGCAAUCACCAUAUUUCCACAGAGAACCGAUGGCAAACAUGAUUUCAGAGUGUGGAACAGUCAGUUGAUUCGCUACGCAGGUUACAAACAACCUGAUGGGGGUAUUCUGGGAGACCCUGCUAAUGUUGAGUUCACAGAGAUCUGCAUGCAGCUUGGAUGGAAAGCACCAAAGGGUCGAUUUGACGUCCUUCCACUUCUGCUGCAAGCCAAUGGAAAUGACCCUGAGCUUUUUGAGAUCCCUGAAGACCUAAUUCUGGAGGUGCCUAUCAUACAUCCAAAGUUUGAGUGGUUCAAGGACCUGGGUCUGAAGUGGUACGGCCUCCCAGCAGUUGCAAACAUGCUGCUUGAAAUUGGCGGUCUUGAAUUCACUGGAUGCCCCUUCAGUGGCUGGUACAUGGGCACAGAGAUUGGCGUGAGGGACUUCUGUGACAGCUCACGCUACAACAUUCUGGAGGACGUUGCCAACAAGAUGGGCUUGGACACCAGGAAGACAUCUUCCCUUUGGAAAGACCAGGCACUUGUGGAGAUUAAUAUUGCUGUUCUCUACAGCUUUCAGACUUGCAAAGUGACCAUAGUGGACCAUCACUCAGCCACAGAGUCCUUCAUGAAGCACAUGGAGAACGAGUAUCGGGUGAGAGGGGGCUGCCCUGGAGACUGGGUGUGGAUUGUGCCUCCAAUGUCAGGAAGCAUUACGCCAGUCUUUCACCAAGAAAUGCUCAACUACCGUCUCACACCUUCCUUUGAGUACCAGCCUGAUCCUUGGAACACCCAUGUGUGGAAAGGAGUCAACGGGACACCCACAAAGAAAAGAGCCAUCGGAUUUAAGAAGCUUGCCAAGGCUGUGAAAUUUUCUGCAAAGCUAAUGGGGCAAGCCAUGGCCAAGAGGGUUAAAGCCACCAUACUGUUUGCUACUGAAACAGGAAAAUCACAAGACUACGCCAAAACUCUCUGUGAAAUCUUCAAGCACGCCUUUGAUGCCAAGGUCAUGUCCAUGGAUGAAUACGAUGUGGUGGACUUGGAGCAUGAGACGCUGGUUUUAGCUGUAACCAGCACAUUUGGCAAUGGGGAUCCACCUGAAAAUGGAGAGAAAUUCGGAGCUGCCUUAAUGGAAAUGCGCCACCCAACUUCGAACACAGAGGACAGAAAGAGCUACAAGGUUCGAUUCAACAGCGUGUCUUCUUACUCAGACACUCGAAAGUCCUCCAGUGACGAACCAGAGGCCAGGAUCAAUUUUGAGAGCACAGGACCUCUUGCUAAUGUCAGAUUUGCCCCCAAUCAGGCCCAGACAACCAACAGAGGGGGAAAAAAGAAAUUCAGGUUCUCAGUGUUUGGCCUUGGCUCCCGGGCCUACCCACACUUCUGCGCCUUUGCCCACGCUGUGGACACGCUUUUUGAAGAGCUGGGGGGUGAGCGCAUCCUACGCAUGGGAGAAGGAGAUGAGCUGUGUGGCCAGGAGGAAUCAUUCAGAACAUGGGCCAAGAAAGUUUUUAAGGCUGCCUGUGAUGUGUUCUGUGUUGGCGAUGAUGUGAACAUCGAGAAGGCCAAUGACUCCUUGAUCAGCAACGACCGUAGCUGGAAGAAGAGCAAGUUCCGCCUAACGUACACAGCUGAGGCCCCUGCGCUGACAGAAGCAUUAUACAGUGUCCACAAGAAGAAAGUACAUGGAGCAAUGAUGAUUGAAGCUCAAAACCUACAAAGUUCAAAAUCCAAUCGCUCGACCAUAUUAGUGAGGCUCGACACAAACAACCACGACAGCCUGCGCUACAAGCCUGGCGACCAUCUGGGCAUCUUCCCUGGCAACCACGAGGACCUGGUAACAGCACUCAUAGAUAAACUGGAGGAUGCUCCGCCUGUCAAUCAAAUCGUCAAAGUGGAGUUCCUGGAGGAGAGGAACACGGCACUAGGUGCUAUAAGUAAUUGGACCAAUGAGACCCGUAUUCCUCCCUGCACCAUCAACCAAGCUUUUCAGUACUUUCUGGACAUCACCACUCCACCGACCCCUGUGCUGCUGCAGCAGUUUGCAGCUCUGGCAACCAACGACAAGCAGAAAAGGAAAUUAGAAAUCCUCAGUAAGGGUUUGCAGGAGUACGAGGAAUGGAAGUGGUACAACAACCCUACGCUAGUGGAGGUGCUGGACGAGUUCCCCUCCAUCCAGAUGCCGUCGACUCUGCUGCUCACUCAGCUUCCCCUGCUGCAACCUCGCUACUACUCCAUCAGCUCCUCUCCUGAUCUGUAUUCAGGAGAGAUUCACCUCACAGUGGCUGUGGUCUCUUAUCGUACCAGAGGUGGGCAAGGACCCAUCCAUCACGGAGUAUGUUCAUCGUGGCUCAACAGGAUAGAGAAAGGAGAAAUGGUACCGUGUUUUGUCCGCAGUGCACCGUCAUUCCAACUUCCAAAAGACAACAAAGCGCCGUGUAUCCUGGUGGGUCCAGGAACGGGCAUCGCCCCAUUCAGAAGCUUCUGGCAACAAAGACUAUACGACCUGGAGCAAAAUGGGAUUAAGUCUUGCCCCAUGAUCCUGGUGUUCGGUUGUCGACAGUCUGAGAUGGAUCACAUCUACAAGGAAGAGACUCUGCAGGCCAAGAACAGGGAAGUGUUCAAAGAGCUCUACGCUGCGUACUCCAGAGAACCUGGCAAACCAAAGAAAUAUGUGCAAGAUGUGCUGCGUGAGCAUCUGUCUGAAACUGUGUACCAGUGCCUGAGGAAGGAAGGAGGGCACAUCUAUGUGUGUGGGGAUGUAACAAUGGCAGGAGAUGUUCUGAAGACCGUCCAGCAAAUCAUCAAGCAGCAAGGUCAAAUGAGCAUAGAGGACGCUGGAUUCUACAUCAGCAAGCUUAGGGAUGAAAACCGAUACCACGAGGACAUCUUUGGGGUCACUCUGCGCACCUAUGAGGUCACCAAUCGACUUCGCUCAGAGUCCAUUGCCUACAUUGAAGAGAACAAAAAGGACUCAGAUGAGGUUUUCUGCUCAUAGGUCGAUGAAUGGAGGGCUUGCUGAACACAACCAGUCUGAAGGACACGGCAACACUGGUUUAAGAAUACUGUGCCAAUUUUUGUACUGUAAAAAAAAAAAAAAAAAAGGGGUUUGUUUCUUUUUUUUUUUUUUUAUAUACCACUUAAACAGUUCUGUUGGGCUCUGCAACUUUGUCUGUAGCAAGUUGGAAAUGUUCUGUUCUGAUAUUGUUUUUGCUUGUUGAUGAUACUUCCAAAAAUUUACAAAUUGAUCAUUAUGAUUCAUAAUGUGUGCACUUAGUGUAAUGAACUGCCUCAUUGUGAAUGCAUGACAAAGAAAUUAAUAUAAUCAAGAAAUAUAAUAUAAUAUACUCUGUGUUAUUGUUGCAGUUAAAAGGCUUUUAUUGAGGUUAUAUAUUUGCAAGAAAAUGUGCACCAUUGAUUUAAAAAAAAAAGGUUCUGUAUUAAAUUUGUCGACUUUGCAUUUGGGAAUGUGUCGGGAUGGUAAAUCUGCUAUAUUUUUGGGGGUUUUAUUAUCAAUAAAGGCUUAAGUAGACAAAGUUAAGACAGUGAAGCAUGUACAGGCAUGUUGACGGACAAAAAAAAAUUACAAACAAGUUUGGUGUGUUGACAAAUUUAAAUAGUGAAAAUUGUGAUUUGGUCCCAGCGUCGAUGAACGCAUCUAUUAAUGUGCCACUGGGAGUUCAUCAGAAGGCAUCAGCUUCAGGGCAAGUGCUCUUUAGUGGGAUGUUCAUCCUGUCAUAACAUUCAUAACAUUUUCAUGUCUCAGCUGGUGCUCUCCAAACAAUGAAAUCCAAGAGCUGCUCAGUCCUAAAUAAAAAACAGAAAUGUGUUUAAAAUCUUAAGAGCCUUGAACAAAUUUAUAUGUCUUUAAAUGUUGUGUGAACUAGGGUACAAUGUAUCACGCUUACAAUUAUGGUAAAGGCAAAUUGUUUGAUAAAUUGUUGAGUUACAAAUGAAUAAAGUCAUGCAAAACAUGUAGGAUCAUGGCUUAAAAAAUGUUGGGAUUUGUUGAAGGGUUUAAUAAAAUGCUUUAUGGAGAGGAUGUCACAAA